UCAACUGUAAUGUCAUCCAAUCAGAGUUAGAGAGGGAAAGUGCCUUUGCAAAUAUAUACUGCAUCUGAGAUCGACGUUUUCUGAGACACUCCUCAACUGUUCAGGCAGUCUGAGCCUACUGCAGAAGUACCUUCAGUUGCAGCACCAUGAACAAAAGCGGUUUUCUUAUUUUCUGCCUUAUCCUUCUGACUCUGAGUCAAGGCAUACCUCUCUCUAGGAAUACACGCUGUUCCUGCAUCGAGAUCAGUAAUGGAUCUGUUAAUCCAAGGUCCUUAGAAAAACUUGAAGUGAUUCCUGCAAGUCAAUCCUGCCCACGUGUUGAGAUUAUUGCCACAAUGAAAAAGAAUGGGGAGAAAAGAUGUCUGAAUCCAGAAUCUAAGACCAUCAAGAAUUUACUGAAAGCAAUUAACAAGCAAAGGACUAAAAGAUCUCCUCGAACACAGAAAGAGGCAUAAUCACUGCACUACUGAUAAGGAUGGACCAGAGAGAAGCUACCUCUACAACUGUUUCCCUGUGUACAGUAUAUGUCAAGCCCUAAUUGUCCGUGGACUUCGGUUUUCCUAAAAGGUGACCAAGCCAGUCACCAAAUCAGCUGCUACUACUCCUGCAAGGGAGAGGGUGGCUCAUCACCCUGAGCUGUUCAGUAGUAACUCUGCCCGGGCACUAUAACUGUAAGCUACACCGAGGCACUACUUUCUCAGUCAAUGUGCUAAGUCCCAGCCUUGCUACUGACAGUUUCCUCCCCUUUCCAAUCUUUCUAGGUAAUUAAGGGAUCUUUCCAGCUCUGGGCUUAUUAGAGACCUUAGGAUCUCAAAUAACUAAGAGAUACUCAAACCAAUAACACAAUCUGCUUUUUAAAGAAAGAUCUUUAUUCCAGGAGCUUCCACUGCCACCCCUCCAAGGGGCCUGUAUUCUUUCAGGUGUUAUGCACAUAGUUCCAAAUAUAUAGAAGCAGCCAGAAAUAUCUGGAAAUGUAGGUGAAAAUAGUAGUACUUAGUCAAAAACUAUACAAAGUAGAAUUCUUAAAGAUAUAUGUUUUUUAUAUGAUUUUCAGUGUUCAUGGAAUAACGUAUACAACUAUUAACUUGUGUAAUUAUUGCAAUGGAAUAAAUUUUUAAAUUUAGAUACAUGUUCUGCAUGCUAUGUAAGACAAAUAUGCUAAAUGAUUUCCAAAAUAAAAGUAAUGUUCUCUCUUAGAAAAACUAAGAAAGAUUAUGUAAUUGUUUAGAAGCCAAAAACAUAAUAAAUAAUUAUAACUAA